AUGACGACAGAGUACAAGUCGAAGCUGCAGAAGCUGGCGAAGGACAUUCUUGAAAAGUACAAGCAUCAGGCCCGCAACAUCCGCAACAAGUACGUGGCGCAGCUGAAGAAGAGCGAUGCAACAAAGGACGACAAGCGGCACAUCGAAACAUAUAUUCAGCAGUGCAUGGACGGGCAUUUGCGAACGAUGGACGCUGCGUAUGAAGCCAAACACAAGGCCCUCUCUUCGUGA